AUGAACCAGGAGGAAGCAGUUGCAGCUAUACGAGAGACGUUUCUGAUGCUGAAUUCCGGAGGUUUUCCUCUCUGUAAAUACGCAUCCAAUGUUCCAGAAGUAGUUGAGCAGUUUCCAGCAGAGCUUCGAGAACAGGCUUCCGUUUUGGAACUUGAUCGUUCGUCUCCAAUCAAAGCACUCGGCUUAUUUUGGAAGCUUACCUCCGAUGAGCUUCUGUUCAAAGUUCCUGAAUGGCCAGACGUCCCUUCGACCAAGCGAAAUAUCCUGUCGCAUAUCUGCAGCUUGUUCGAUCCGCUUGGGUUAGUUGGUCCGGUGAUUGUUCGUGCGAAAAUGCUGAUCCAGCUCCUUUGGGAAAUGCAGUUAGGCUGGGAUGAUCCGGUUCCCACAAGUAUUUCCGACCAGUGGAUGGAGAUAUCAUCGCAGCUCCCGAUUUUGUCGCAGCUUUCGAUUCCUCGCUUCGUGUUGACGGAGAAGCUAGCCACUUUAGAGCUUCAUGGGUUUGCUGAUGCUUCGCUGCGUGCAUACGGUGCCUGCAUCUACCUUCGUUCGAUAUCCGCAUCGGGUGCAGUCACUGUCCGCCUGAUGACAGCAAAAUCCAGGGUUGCCCCAACUGAGAAGCGUAGACCUACCCUCGCACGUCUGGAGUUGUGUGCUAGUCUUCGUUUGGCUAAUCUACAGAAUCAACUGCUGGAGAGCCUUCAACUCCAAAGUCCCCGGUUUCUGUGGUCAGAUUCUACAAUCACACUGCACUGGAUUUCGCGCGAUCCAUCGAAUUGGAAUUCCUUCGUCGCCAAUCGGGUUUCGCAGAUUCAGCAGUUAACUGAGACCGCUACGUGGCUGCAUGUGCCUACUGAAGACAAUCCGGCUGACCACAUUUCGCGUGGUUUGACUCCAGAAUCCAUCGUUGGCAAUGAAUUGUGGUGGAAUGGUCCAAAAUGGCUGUUUCGUCCUCCUCAACUUUGGCCUGAGUCUGCGUAUUCCUGGAAAACCCAGCCGCCACCAGAAGUAGACACCGAGAAAAGGAAAUCCGUUCCUAUUUCUGCAGUUUGCACUCACCAAGAGUCCUGGACCCGAGAAACGUUGGGCUAUUUUGAUAGUUACUACCGCCUACUUCGAAUCAUCGCCCUUUGCAAGCGUUUCAUGAAUAACUGUAAGUUAUUGGAACAUGCACGCACCGUAGGAUUUCUGGUACCUUCCGAGAUUCGUUCGGCAGAGUUGUCACUUCUGCAAUGCUUGCAGCUCGAAGAGUUGGAUGAAGAUCACAAACGUUUACGCAAGGCUCAACCGUUUCGCAGAAAUCUCCGUUGCUGA